AUGGCGGCCGCUCCCACUAUGGCGAGCGAUACUGGGAAGAUGUCGUUUGCAAGGAUUGCUGCUACAUCAACUACGAAGAGCGCCAAAUCGGCUGCCCAUAUCGCGAGAACUACCGAAACGGCCCCGGUUAGAGACAGGAGAGACGGCCCCGCCUCUGCGACCGCGCCUGCCGUCGUCUCCUCUACUCCGCUAACAGGUGUCCCGAAUGCCACAAUUUCUUCCUCCAAUGCACAACCGAUGGCCGCCAGCAACGAGCAGCCCGCCGACGCUAAACUCGUCGCGGGGUUAAAGGACCUCAAGCUAGAAGCGAAAUCGCCCUCCCUCAAUCUUGUCGUCAACGGAUCGUUAGGCGGAAUCCCCGGGGGGUCAAGCAAAGCCAGCGCCAGCCAGACGCCGUCCGACGACACAUCCCAGCGAGCCGACUCAAAUUCCGAGCUAGGGACUAAGCCUCCGAGCCUCGAUGGCAAGAGCAUCACCUCGGGCACGACGUUUGCGCUGGACGAGAAGGAAUCGCUCCGCCCGGACGACAGUGCCAGCGUCAAGGCUGCUGCGGAGGACGACGACGCCUUUUCCAUUCGCGGCUCGUACAUGGCUAGUUCCCGCAUGGGCUCUGAUGUCGCCGCUCGCAUCCAGCGUAUUCAGAUUGGGGAUAUGCCCCCUCGCGUCCUUCCCGCACUCCAUCCCUUGGCUGGGACGAAGAACCAGGGCCCCACCACACCACAGAGCGGAAGUUCCGACAAGCAAGUGCCAGCAGACCCGAAGGUGUCGCUUGUUGGGGGUACUGCACCUCCAGAUGCUCUGGCGCCCAACGCCUUCUACAGUCAAACUCCAGAUGAGAAGUUGCUCGAAGCAAUGCAGUCGCCCAAGGAUCGUAUCUUUCUGCUGAGACUGGAGCAGCAAGUCAUUGAAUUUGUACAGGACUCGAAGGAGCCGUACAUGGACUUGCCCCCCAGCAACUCCUUUUGUAGAAUGCUGACGCACAGACUGGCCGACUAUUACCACAUGACGCACUCCUAUGAGGCAGCUGCGGGAGCUGUUCGUAUUUUCCGGACCCCUUUUUGCCGGAUACCCCCGUCGCUGUCGAGCAUUGCGACUAGCACCCCGAGCAGCAGCUCGCCUGCCCCUGUCGUUCUACCGAGAAAGAUCAUGCGCCGAGGCGAGGAUGGUGAAUUAGGUCCUGCCAGUGCUAGCCCGUCAAAACCCACAUCUGAAGCGGGCAGUGAUUCCAAAGACAAGACCGCCCCAACCAAGGAAAAGAUGACCCGAGAAGAGCGUGAGGAAGCAUACAACAAAGCCCGACUUCGUAUCUUUGGAAGUGUGGAGAAAGCAGAGAGUGCCGCCCAGGAUGGUGAAGAGAGCAACGGUGUCUCACGUGCUAGUUCGGUUUCUGGAAAAGACAGGCCGAACAGCGGUAAGAAGAAACCGAAGCGCCGGGACGACGAGAGCUUCGAGUCUCGGUCUCAGUAUGUCGCUUGGUGCGGUCCGCAGCACCCGAACUGGGGCGCCUCUGCGCCUCAAUACUAUCCGGUUACCGCCGCCCCAUUCACCGGUCAAUACCAGCAGCAACCAUACCCAAGUACUACCCAGCCGAUGUACGCCCCUACUCAGCCGUAUGCACCGCAGAUGGUGCCCAGUAACAGCUUCAACGGGCAAUACACUACUGUGCCAAGUUACGGGACACCACCCAUGCCCUCAGCUGUGCCACAGCCCGUCCCGCCCCCGCAGCAGGGAUACCGGCCGCCGCCGCCGCCAAACCCGAACCCGCCCAUCGCGGCUGGGCCGUACGGGAGCCCAGCGCCAAGCAUCGCUCAGCCCUCAUGGCCGGCGCAGGGCUACACCCAGAACGCUUACCCGCCUCGAUCCAGUCCAGUGCCGCCUUCGGGCAUCCCGUAUGCUUAUGGGCAGCUUCCCGCAAACGUCAACCCUAGCGAUCCGAAGAGCCAGCACCCUAUCCCGGGCAGCUACAACCGGCAGGCGUUCAACCCAAAAACACAGUCUUUUGUCCCAGGGGGCAAUGGGCUUCCUUUGCAACCACCACCGCCACCGCACGUGCCCGGCUCUUAUGGAGGGUCUGGUUCUCAGCACGGCAGCCCCCGAUUCCAUUCACCGCAUAUGAGUUACAGCGGGUUCCAGCAGCCACUGCCUCAGCCGGGAUAUGGUGUGCCACCGCCCGGGCCCUACAUGAUGUCGAGACAAAGCUCAAACAACUCCAUGCCGCCAUACCACCCGGUGCAACAGCAGGCACCCCCUCCGCCUCACGCUCCCCAGCAUAUCCCACCUCCCAGCGGUCCUGCCAUGCACAUCCCCAACCACAAGGCCGCUGGCCCUCCUCCACCCGGGCCUGGCCAAACCUUCACCCACCUUCCGAACUACGGCAACCCCGCCACAUUGCCGCAGAAGCCUUCCACAUAA